GCAUCGUUAUGGCCCAUCAUCAAUUACGCGUUUUACUGUCAUGCAGUACACAAGGCCCCGGGUCUUUAUUAUAUUUUGAUCGCUCUGUCUAUUACAUCCUCCUCUCACGGAAAUCAUUCUCAUCUUACUCUCCUCACAAAGUUACUAUUCAUUCAAUUCCCACUAAGAAAUGGCGGAAGGAGCUUUGGUUGGCGUUGCUAAGGGGAUCACAGAGAAAGCGGGCAACCUUUUAGCCCAAGAGAUUAUACUACUCUGGAAUCUCAAAGACGAGAUUGAAAAGCUCAACGACACAGUUUCGACAAUCAGUGCUGUGCUUCUGGAUGCAGAGGAGAAGCAGCAGCACAACAAUCAAGUCAGAGUGUGGCUGAAAAGGCUGAACGAUGCACUUUAUGAAGCGGACGACUUGCUGGAUGUAAUCUCCACUGAAGCUUUACGACGGGAAGUGAUGACACGGAAUAAGAAAGCAAAAGAGGUACACAUCUUCUUUUCCAAAUCCAACCAGCAUGCAUAUGGUAUUAAAAUGGGUCAUAAGGUUAAUGCAAUGAGGGAUAGGCUAGAUGCCAUCAAAAACGAUAAGGGGUUCCACUUAGAUGAACGUCUUGUAGAGACACAAGUGAGGCAUUAUAGGGUGAGAGAAACUCAUUCUUUUGUACGUACUGAAGAUGUCAUUGGUAGAGACAAAGAUAAGGUAGAGAUUAAAAAAUUUCUUUUGGAUCCCAAUGUUGAAGGGAAUGUUUCAAUCCUUCCGAUAGUUGGUCUCGGAGGAUUAGGAAAGACCACAUUAGCUCAGUAUGUGUUCAAUGAUAAAGAAAUCAAGAAACAUUUUGAGCAAAAAUUAUUAUGGGUGUGUGUCUCUGAUAACUUUGAUGUAAAAAUGAUUGUUGAAAAUAUCCUACAGUCUGCCAAAAAUGAGAAGCAAAAAGAACUUAAAAUGGAUCAAUUAAUUAAGAUUCUGAAGGAAGAAAUUGAUGGAAAAAAAUACCUACUUGUGUUGGAUGAUGUAUGGAAUGAGAAUCGUCAGAAAUGGCUUGGACUAAAAACUCUUUUAAUGGAUGGAGCAAUAGGCAGUAGAAUAUUAGUGACUACACGGAGUAAUAAAGUGGCAGAGAUUACAAAAACUACUCAACCAUACAUGUUAGAGGGUUUAGAUAAAGAAAAGUCUUGGUCUUUAUUUAAACAGAUGGCAUUUGAAAAUGGACGAGAGCCAGAGAAAUCAAUCUUUAAAGUAGUUGGAAGGGAAAUCCUUGAAAGAUGUAAAGGAGUCCCCCUUGCUAUAAGGACUAUAGGAAGCCUAUUAUACUUUAAAAACACGGAAAAAGAGUGGUUAUCUUUUAAGGAUAGUGAGCUUUCAAAAGUACCUCAAGAAGAAAAUGACAUCCUACCAACACUUAAGUUGAGUUAUAAUCAUCUUCCAUCACAUUUGAAACAAUGCUUUGCUUAUUGUUGUUUAUUUCCAAAGGAUUACAAAAUUCAGAAACCAAAAUUAAUUCAAAUGUGGAUGGCACAAGGUUUUAUUAAGCCUUUAAAUCAAAAUCAAUGCCUAGAAGAUGUUGGCCAUGAGUAUAUUGAGGAUUUACUUUGGAGAUCAUUUUUUCAGGAAGUUGAGAAGGAUGAGGGGGGCAAUAUUUUACAAUUCAAAAUGCAUGAUCUUUUGCAUGAUCUUGCAAAAUUAGUAGCGGGAUCUUAUAGCACCACUUGUAAUCCAAAAGAAGAAAUCAUUGAUGAAAAAACUCUUCAUGUGUCAUUUGGUGGUUGCUCGCAAUCGCAAAUUCCAACUUCAUUGUUCAAAGCUAGUAGGAUACGAACAUUUAUGGUGCAAGGUCAAUUUGGAUAUCUACAUAAACUAAUUUCUGAUUCUAAAAUUGUUGCAUGUUUUAAGUUCAUUCGCUUGUUGGAUUUGCAUAAUAUGGGCAUUAGAACAGUUCCAAGUUAUAUUGGAGAGUUGAAACAUUUAAGGUAUCUUGAUCUAUCCAAUAACUCCAUU